AUGGCCACUUAUGGUGCAGGAUUGCACAAUAAGUUGAAUGAUCGAACUUCUUUUUUUGAAACUUCCAAUGAUCAAACUUCAGAAGCACGUACUCUUUCAUUUCAACGUUUGGAAGAGAUCACCAAAAGCUUCUCUGCUGAGAGAGUACUUCGCAGUGGUAUUUUUGGUGUCGUAUAUAAGGGAGUGCUACAAAAUGGGGAAAUGAUCGCUGUGAAGAAGCUCGUGGCGUCAAAACCAGGGUUUCAGAGUGAUUUUGAGAAUGAGUGUCGUCGUCUUGUCAAGCUUAAGCACCCGAAUGUUGCACGAUAUAUAGGUUGUUUCACGUUUGUUUUUUUUUUUGUCUCACUUCAGGCAGAGAUGAGUUCCUUUGGUGUGACGGCUCCCCUUCUCAGGAAGCUUGAUUCGCUGCUUCCUCCUAAGUACCGGGUACCAAAGCCACUGGCGGAUGAAAUCGACCUCCUCAAGGAAAAUCUGGAGGAAAUAAGCGCCGCCCUCUUGGAGCAGUCAAUGGUACAUGUCCCUAACAAGAUGGGAAAACUAUGGAUGGACGAGGCGCAUGAACUUUCAUAUGACAUCGAGGAAUUUAUCGACAACAUGAUGCAGAGAUUCCGGGUGACAGCUCCAGGUCGACGAAGAAAAAGGAGGAAGAAGUGCAUAAGAAAGAUGAGGUACGUGCAGACCUACAGAGUUGGACAUGUCAAGAUUGCUUGGCUUCCGAAGGCGCUGAAGCCGUCCGCCCAGAUCGCAGAAUUCAGGACUCUCCUGCGAGAAGCGAGUGAUCGGUACUACAGGCAUCUUGAUCUUGAUGGUUGCACCACGAGUUCGAGAAUUGUGUUCACUGCGCAUGGGAAGGAACCAGCGCUCUAUGCAAAGGCUGCAAAUUAUCUCGUUGGCAUCGAAAACACGAAGACGGAGCUUGUCAAGUGGCUCACAAACAAGGAGCAGAAGCAGCUAAAAGUGGUACCUAUUGUUGGACCAGCAGGGGUCGGUAAGACUACGCUUGCUAAACAGGUGUACCGUGAACUUGGAAUGCAAUUCGAGUGCCGGGCUUUCGUGCAGGCGUCGCGGAAGCCUGACAUGAGGAGACUACUUGGGGGCAUCCUCUCUCAAGUUCAACAGCGUCCUGGACUCUCUGGUUCCUGCACGGUGCAAGACCUAGUUGACAAUCUAACCGAAUAUCUCCAAGAUAAAAGGUAUAUUGUUGUAAUUGAUGAUUUAUGGGAAACGACAGCAUCUGAUAUUCUUACAAGUGCUUUUCCUGAGGGUAACAGUCGAAGUAGAAUGAUUAUAACAGCAGAAUUUGAGAGCGUAGCUCUUGGAUACUGUGGUUAUGAGUCUAAUAAUAUUUUCAAGAUGAAACCUCUUGGUAGUAAAGACUCCGGGAAUCUAUUCUUCAAAAUGGUUUUUGGUUCUGAAAUUCAAUGCCCUGCACAACUGAAGGAUGUUUCAGACAUAAUCAUAGCAAAAUGUUCUGGUUUGCCACUAGCAACCAUAUGUGUAGCCGGUCUGUUAGCAAGCCAGCGAGACAACUUUGCGUUAUGGCAGCAUGUGCAACAAUGUUUGUGUUCCAGUUUGAAUACAAACGCUUCUUUGGAAGAGACAUUGCAGGAAAUACUAAAGCUUAGUUACAAUAUUAGUCCUCACUAUUUGAAAACAUGCCUGAUGUAUGUUGGUAUGUAUCCAGAGGGUCACACGAUUUGGAAGGUUGAUUUGGUGAAUCAGUGGAUAGCUGAAGAUUUUAUCAGCGCAACAGAAGGAGUAAACACGGAGGAAGUAGCAGAGAGCUAUUUUAGUGAACUUGUCAACAGGGGGUGGAUCCAACCUGUGGAAAUUACGUACAACGGUGAGGUGCUGUCAUGUACAGUCAACCACAUUGUACUUGAUCUUAUUGCACGCAAGUCCAGUGAGGAUAAAUUUAUCACAGCAUUAGAUUACUCUCAGACCAUUACAGGACUUUAUAGCAAUGCCCGCCGUCUAUCCCUCCACUUCAGCAAUGCCAGAUAUGCAACAAAACCAAAAGAUCUAACACUGUCAAAAGUCAGAUCAUUCGCCUUCUAUGGAAUCAGCAAGUGCAUGCCUUCCAUUGUGGAACUUAAGCAACUCCGAGUUCUGAUCCUUAAAUUCUGGGGUGAUCAUCCGGAGAGCAUGAUCUUCGACCUCACAGAAAUUUGCCUAUUGAUUCAGUUGAGAUACUUGAAGAUUUCAUGUGAUGCUGAUGUAGAUGUAAAACUACCAACCCAUAUGCAGAUUCUACGAUACUUGGAAACACUGAUAAUAGAUGCGACAGUGUCUGCAGUUCCAUUGGAUAUUAUUCUUCUCCCGGGAUCUCUGCGUACACUACACUACAUAGACUCUGGCAGCAAUUCUGAAGGCAAUGUACUCAGCAUUGGCGAGCUGAUGAACCUGCAGGAUCUUCACAUCACCUACUACACAGAGAAAUUAGAUGAGCAUCUAAACAGAAACCUGAGAGAGCUGGCCUCUUCUAUUGGGAAACUUGUUAACCUCAAAUCUUUCACUCUGGCUCCUGGUGCUUCAAACACGGCAGUUUACCCUGAUUUCUCGAGCAGCAGGUCCUCUCCAUCCGUCUUUCUUCAGAGACUUCAGCUGUUGCCCCCAAUUUGCAUGUUCACUAGACUUCCGGAGUGGCUUGGACAGCUCCGGAAACUCUGCACUCUGGAAGUUGCUGUUAGUGAGCUUCUGGUUGAAGAUAUGGAUAUGCUCACAGGAUUGUCUUCCCUCACAUCCCUUUCGCUAUAUGUCUGGCAACAUACUACGGGAAGAACCGUCGUCAAAAGAGGGGCAUUCCCCGUUGUCAAGUAUUUCAAAUACACGUGCAGUGUACUGUCCCUGGCCUUUCAAGAAGAGGCAUUUCCCAAUCUUCAGAGGCUCGAGCUGAGUUUCAACGCUCGUAGAGGAGAACGAUAUGAUCAUUUACUCGCCGGUAUUGAGUACAUGUUAAACCUCAAGGAGAUUGCAGCAACAAUUGGAGCAGGGGCCGGUGCUGAGCAACCUGACAGAAUGGCCGCAAAGUCUGCGCUCGACAACGCCAUUCGCAAGCAUCCAAGCUCUCUUAGUUACCACAUCGUAAACAUAGCAGAUUGGAUUGAGGAAGACUACCAGUUUAUAACCCAAGUCAAUGAUUCGUCAAGAGACUCAUCAGAUGAACACUCUAGAAUUAUACGGAAAGUUGCCAAGGACGACACACGAGCACGUUUCUGGUACCCUCAAUAUGCCACAAGAGAGACACCAGAUGAGUUUUUCUAA